UUGCACAUUUUCUUGCCCUUCGCUGUACAAAUAUUAAGAUAUGUAGCUUACAAUAAAUACAGAUAGAAUUAAUGUACAAAGUGUUCUGUCUAUUUUAAAACAUCAAAAAUUACGCAAACUUGAUUCAUAUAUAGCAGUUCUGAACCUCGGUUCUGGCAUGCCAGGGACGAUUACACAAUGUAUGACUACCUUGCAACAUUGUGUUACCCAGGAUAAGUUGAUACAUCUAGCAGUAAUGCCAGACUGAACACCGAUCCUUGUAUAUUACAGUUAUUAUAUCGCCGUGUUUUGAAAUCGUUUGGACUUAAUUUAGAAGGGGAUCAAUGGCAAAUACCAACAGUAUUGAAGACAUUUGAUCCUAGAUAUGUUAUAUUGUUUACUUUUUAGUAUAAUUUUAAAACAGUAUAUAAAGCAUACAUGCAUUUAACUAUCCUGAUAAGUAAAUUUGAGCUCAUCUAGAGAGAGGAGACUUCAUCUGAUCGUCACAGGAUAAUAUCCAGACGAGCAGAUGAUGCAUUUCUCUUAAACAAGUUUCGACACGAAUUUAUCUGAACAGAUCGAUUCGUGCGACUCCAUAUAAAACCAAAUCAUCAUGGUCGAAUAUAUGCAUGCAAAAUUAAUACGAUUUGUCGGCGUUUCAUGAAAUCGCGUCCAAUUUCAUCACAUGUAUAGUGUUAGCAAUAAUGUCCACCACCGAAAAAUUGGCUGAAAAUUUCUGCUUCUUUAAAGUAACAUGCUAGGAGACUUGCAAACAAAAACAAUAGUCAUAUAGUGUUCGUUAAAAUAGUGUGCAUUAAAGCAUGUCUAUAUAACAUAAAGGCUAUUUGUGACUGAUUCCACAGGGCCCCUUUCAUCUUAAUUGCGUUAUAUGGAAAACAGAUGUUUUAAGUCUAUGGUUUUAAAAGCUGUUGACAUUAAGUCUAGACUAUAUAUUGCAUGCAAUGCUUCUAGCAGAAUAUAAGCAAUAUCUGAAAUACAGUAACAUAAGUGUCUAUGUAAAAAAGUUGACAUGAAUGCAUGCACGAACAGCCUGACGUAUUGUCAUGUAUAUUUGGAGAAGAGCCAUUAGAAUAUAAUACUUUGGUUGUCUAGACAUUAAUGCCUUUUGCACUUCCAAAGCUUUUGCAUAUAUGCAACAUAUAUCAAUCAAAUGGUUGCAUUAGGUAAAAUAUAAAAAUCACAUGAAAAACACAAGUGAAAUUUCCUUUGAGACAAUACCUUCCACCGCUUAGAUGUUGUUUGAUAUCGACACAAGCUUUUUUGAUGAACUAAGUAUUUCACAUGACUCCUGUACCAAAGUCUAAAUUCAUAGCUUAUAAAUGUCUGCGACAGGAGGAAGUCAUCGCAAGUUCUCACCUCAUGAAGACAUGAAAAAAAAGUAAUAAUUUGCGAAAGUGUCGUCUGAAGACUGCAUGGUAUAAGCCUAAAGAUAAAAAUACGAAUAUUGACUUUGUAGGAUUGGUUUCCUUCCAUAGCAUACGUGCUUGAACCAUGCAAAAUUCAUUUUCCGCAUUGCCAUGAUUUGAGAAAGAUUCUUGACUGAUUCUUCACCUGCUUAGGCGCAAGGAAGGUGAAUCAUACAUGCACUUUGGAACAUUCAAUUGCAAUCAACGUUUAUGAUAUAUUAAAGACUCGACUUUGCAGCCCUUUCACAGGACAAGUGUGUUUGCUUGUGCUGAAAUUAAACAAACUAAAAUUUCGUCAUGAAUUUCAUCUUGCAAGCCAAUAUAAUAUAUAAACAUAUUACAUGUGUCGCAUUAAGGCUUAAAUUUUAAAUUUAAAGACCGGCGGAAGAACUUGAGGUAUUUAUAUGCAGUUAUAAAAUCCUUAUAGAAUAGACAAUAUAAUAACUUUAGGGUGAUUUCGAUUUGUGUUUAGUAAAUGUUAUGAAGUCCUGUUAUGGUUCUUCAGCAGUAAUUGCGGCUAAGAUAUUUACCCAGCAUGAGGUGGAUUGUGGUUAGAAACAUUCAUAGGUCCCUGUGUAGGAAUUUAGAUCGUAUUGAAUGAUAAAAAUAAUCAUAUCUAAUCUAUAAUGGUUAUAAUUAAUGAAACAUUGAACAAUGGCGGUCAUCUGGAUGUUGGUAGAAAGACCAAGGGGAAAUAAAUAGAGGCUCACUUUAUAACAUAGCGACUUUAAUGGGAGGAAAAGCAGAAAUAUCCUAUUGUAGUUUGCAUAACAAGUGAAUUAAAAACUUCUAGUGUUAGAAUGUUCUUGCAUUAUAUCAAUUAAACGUCGCGAUAGGCGUCAACAUUUCGCUAGAUUUACAGUCAGUAAGUACUUGGCGAAAGGAUAGGUGUUUAAAAACCUGAAAUAUGAAUCGAACUAAAACUAUUCGGAGGAAAAUAAUUACCCAAGAACAUCCGCAAUAUUUAAGUCACACGAAAAAUGGAUUUUCCCAAGGGCAGGGAAUAUUUCUCUCAAUAACUCAUGGGGGUUCAUCAAACCGAACAUAUAACCCGCAGUCAUUAUUACCCAUAUAUAGUAUGUUUACGGAGUAUUUCCUUAACUUAAGUGCGCAGUUCCGAAAUAAGCUAGACUCUGUCUAUAAAAACACCUUUGUUUUCGCUCGUUAUACCUUUCAUACGAGGCAAUGCAGUUUUUUGCUUCUCCAGGUAUUUUACGGUAAAUUUUUAAAAUAGCACUUUCAAGUCACAAAGGUUGUAUGUACAGUAAUGUUGUAUUGUUAUAAUGCUAUUCGAAAAGGUGAAUUUCUGAUAAGAAUUCAGCCAAUAACGGUCAUAUAACGAUGCUGCGCCGUAUCCGCGCCAAAGGUAUAUGUAUAUAAGGUAUAUUUUAAUGUCGCAGAUGAUGUUUACUUAUUCGUUCAGUUGUGCUUACACAAUUCAUCUUAGUAAUACCAAAUUCUGGGUAUAAUUAUGUUCAUUAGUGCCCACGAGGUCAUGGGAAAAUUUGUGUAGCCAAAUGUAUUGUACAAUAUUACAAUAUUCAAAUACAUUCAAAUUUAUGUGGGAAUAUUUGGCGCGUCCCUCCUUAAUCUUUUGGAAGCGUACCUAAUAGCUCGCAGCAAAAAAUAACACAAACAAACAGUGCCACGUCUUAGAAAAGAUGGUUCGAGCAAUACAUUUUAGUGGGGGGCAAAAACGCAAUUAUAAAUAGCGAGUUAUAUUCUUGUUAUCCCCCCCACUGAACCAUUAACAAUACAAUAAUUGGCGAAAUGUUCUACUGCAUUCUGCUGUUAUAUUGACCGUCCAAAGUGAUUUGAGGGCAACUGACUUCGAACGUUAUAUAAAGUGCUUCAGUGAUCUGUCUUUUAACAUGAUGAGCUAUCAUUCUCAAGGCAUUCGUGUGUUAAGUAUGAAUAACGAUACAAAGGAAAAUGACGACAGCGGUCCACCGUCGCCUAGCGACCCCGCAUACCAUCGUACGCCGAAGUGUGCCCGAUGUCGUAACCAUGGCGCCGUGGCGUGGCUCAAAGGACACAAACCUUAUUGCAGAUGGAAGGAUUGUACUUGCUCAAAGUGUUUACUGGUUGCUGAGCGACAGCGAAUCACAGCCGCGCGUGUAGCCUUAUUGCGUCAGCAGCGAAAAAACCGUGCAAGGAAGACUUCGGGUGAAAUGGGGUACCGCAUGGAUAAUCAAGACUAUGAAAGACAAACGGUUCUUCAAAGACAUCCGUACAUUGUCUCUCCCAGUGCAGCCUUAACCAGCACAAAUGCGAGUAAUUCUCCAGAACGCGAGGAACCCACGUCAUCGGAUGACAAAAUAAACGACUACGUCGAAGCUAUGCCCAGUCCCACGAACGAGCCCGUGAUAAAACAGGAAAAACCAGAUCACGAUGACCUGGAACAGAGCAGUUAUUUGGAGCACGUCAGAGGUCGGCUGUGCCCGUCGCCGAACGGAAAACGUCCGAGAAGCGAAGACUCCGGAGUAUGUCUAAGCCCCACAAGCCUCGCCAGGAUGUCCGAAGCGAACGGUUUAAACUCGCCAAACAAACGGAUACGACCGGAUCCGAUGACAGUUUUAUGUAAAUCCUUCCCGACACACAACAGGAACGUUCUCGAGACGAUAUACCGGGGAUGUGGCCGCAACGUUGUUCAGGCUAUCGAGUUCAUUCUUGAGAACCAACCCCCGUGUCCCCCUCUACCCAUGAUAACAGGACCACCUUCAAAUUUCCUCGCCGACUCACGGAGGGAGAAUCUCCUAUCGGCGUUUCGCCCUCCUGAAACGGUCCGAUCUGAACAAGAUUCCGAAAGCGUUCCUAGAAGACCUGAACUACCUCAUACAACCUUUUAUCUCACCCCAAGAGAUAGAAUGGCACCGAACAUCCAGCUAACAUCUAGGGUGUACCCGGUCGAUCCCAGCCCUCUACCACUCACACGUCCCCGAGACACAGCAAGCCCAAGUGAUGAUGAAGAGAACGAAGAGGAAUCCCAGAAAUAUUGCACAAACUGCGGACGAAAAAUCCAACUCAUUGACAAUUUUUGCGGUUCCUGUGGUCACAGGUUAUGCAGACCCUAAGACUGGGGGCUAAGGUUAUGCCAUCUUUUUCACUAUUCCGAUGUAUGUAAUUUACGGGUAUUUCCGAAAAGGCUUCUAGGUGCUAUAUCGUCUUUUGACGGAUGUUAACGGGUAAAUGCGAGUCGCCAAAAUCAUAGCUCUUUUAGACUUUUACUUAUUUUGCUCGUUCACAUCUGUCAGAAGAAGAUUGCUCCUAAAAUAUUUGCAAUAAUUUCAAAUGUUAAACAGGCCUUGAAUUGGAUAAAUUGUCUUCCAAUUCACAUUUUUGCAAAGUACUAUUGGUCUCAUAAUGUAGGCAUAAAAGUUGAUAAUAUAGACAAUACAAUAUCUACAAUAUUUGACCAAUAUGAGAUGCACUACUGAUUCUGAAAAUAGUUAAAAUACAUUUAUGUUGUUUUGUAAAUGUUGUGAAAUAUAACUUAGGAGAGCCAGCAUUUUAGUGCAAUACAACAUAAAUCUUUAAUAAGAUUAGGUUAAAAAGUAGUCUUUUUCAACUGUAAUAUCAUAAUAUUAUCAAUUUCCCAUAACUUAUGUCUUGCAAGUAUUGUCCAUUAAAUAUAAUACUAGAUUGUAGUGUAUUGGCCACAUGACAUAAAUAUGAGAAAAUGUAAAUAUUAUAACUACUGUUGAGUCUUGCCAUAUUUGAAAAACUUAGUGGAUUUAGUAUUUAUUAUAAGGAUAUAAGUCAUUGGUCAAUAAGUCAACCUUAUAUAUCAAAUUAUAGAGAACUUGAUUUCACAAAUGACCAACUUUGACUUGCGUAUGCAUAUAACUGGAUUUGCAAGAUAAUUACUGUAGUUGACUUCUCAAAAGAUUCAUUAAUAUACAAAUUUAUAUAUUUUUAAUGUAUUAGAAUUUAAGGUAUUUUAAAACAUAGUUAGGGGGUUAUUUAGAUUUGAAAUAUAAUUUCAUAUUAUUGUAUUAUAAUCUUUUUCACCACAGGAAUGCUGUAGAGUUAUUU